ACAGACCAGGAAAUAAUUUCAGUCACUACGUGGAAAGACACACGGACAAAGCGCAGUCUGUAUGUGGGAGAAACCCACUGAAAAACCUCUGUGACAUCUGGAGGCAGUGGACGCAGCGACACGCAGUGUGUGCAGACUGGAGGUUUCAAAUUUCCACAUCACAGUUGUGAAAGUUUCAUACUGAACCAUGGCUGGAUCCAAAAUGCUGUUUUAGAGUCAUAAAUCCUGCAGGUACCUUCAGGUGGCCUCAGUCUCAUGUCACUUGCUAUCCAACAAUUCUUUGUGAGGCGGUUUAUUUUCAUCCCACAGAAAAUGAAGAGAAUCUCACUCGGCUCAUGUGGCCUCCUGGUCCCAGUGCAGAGAGGAGCAGGUGUGAUGGAAAAUCUCAUUCUAAAGGUGCUGAGCAGCUGAUAGUUUGUCAUCAGAGGAGACUUUGAGGCUGAUGUGUCAUUGGCGUUUGGUCUGUGUGCAGAACUCACAGGAGUCUGGAAACAUGGCUUGUACAUCACAGUCUGCCUUAAAUUAUGUCAGUAGAGCCAGAGGGCGCCUUGUGGGAGAAUUACAGAAUCUCUCUGUGAUUCUGGAGAACUUGUAUCAGAAAGGAGUUCUCAGUGAUGAGGAGGUCAGCAAAAUACAGACAGAGCGUGAUGACUUCGAUAGAACCAGAAAAAUCCUGGACAAGGUCAUAAAAAAGGGGGAAGCAGCCUGCUACGAGUUACUCAGAAUUAUUGACGUGACGAGGAAGAGGACUUUAGAGAGGCCGCCUCCUCUCCCUGAGAAAAACACUGGAACUUCCACUGGAACCCAGAAGUUUGACCUUCACCACUGGAUCAGCUGCUUUUCUUUCAAGGAAGAAACGCAAAUGGAUGUGGACUACCUGCAAGGACCAAGACCGUGCCACAGAUAUCAGAAAAAGUUGAAGUUGAAAGCACAGAAAUUAUCUAAAGAGUUUUGGAAUCCAAGUAAAAAACUGUUUGAAGACAAAAGGAGGCCUGAUCUGUCAUACACCUCACUUGUAUUGGAUACACAGAAAAGCCCAUCUCCAUCUAAAAUCAAGAAAUGGAAGAGAAAGAAAAGUAAGAUGAGUCGACCUAAGAAACUGAGGACAUACAUCCCUGAGGACAAACCAGAAAUUUCCCCCACUGACCUUCUGAAAACACAGGAAGACAUCCUCUUGGUCGGGAAGCCUGGAAUUGGAAAGACGGCAGUCGUUCGUGAAAUGUUGAGACUGUGGGCAGAAAAGGACAAGAAGGAGUUAGAUUACAUGUUCUACUUUGACAUGAGGAAAAUGUCCCAAACCACACCCGCUAUGACCCUGAAGGAAUUUCUUUUUAAUAAGUUCAGUGAACCAGAUGUAGGCAUGGAUGAGGUUUUACAGGAUAUAAAGAGUAACUCUGACAAUGUUACCAUCAUUUUUGAUGGCAUCACAGAUCUGUCUCCAUCAGUGGUGGAGGACCUUGUAGAGAAAGAACUACUACCUGAUGCAAAGAUCAUCAUAACAUGCAGACCAGAUGACGAGAAAGACUUCUUCUCUGGGGACUGUCUCAGAGUGGAGGUGAAAGGAUUUAGUGAGCAGACCAUAAAGUCCUACUUAUCUGCAACACUCUGCGAUGCACAGAAGGUUUUGAGCAGAUUGGAGUUGCUGACUCUUUGCCAUGUACCAAUGUAUGCUCUGAUGGUGGCUGCCUGCUCUUCAUCAGAACACUCUCCACAGCCAUGCACUAUAACAGAAAUCUACAUUGACAUUGUUCGUUACUGCCUUCAGGUAAACAGCAACAAAACAGAAGAUCUAAACACCUUCAUCAAAACCAAGAGAGAGGAAAUAUUGUUUUUGGCUGAAAUAGCUUUCAAUGCAACUCAGGGAAAAACUGUGAACCUGAAUGAAGUGCCCUGUAAAGACAGCUGUGUCCUUUCCUUCCUGAAACCACUUUUUAUCAAAGUCAGCCGAACUGAAACAGAAACUAGACACGUAUUCCUCCAUUACACACUGCAGGAGUUUUUUGCAGCCAUGUGGCUCUUAAAGAAUCCUGAUAAAAUCAGGAAUGUUUUUCAGCAGAGCCUCACUGAGGACAAGAAACACAUGAAACAUUUGAUCCCUUUCAUGUGUCGACUGUUGAACAAGAAGAGCCCAAGUUGGAUGAAGUGUCUGGUUCCAGUUGAGGAGCUCAACAGUACAUCUGACUGGUUCUUCAAGGAGCUCAUAACCACAUUUGUCCCAGAUGUGGUUGACACUGAAGACGGUGGGCUUGAUGUCGACACGUUGUUCUUAUGUCAGUGCUUGUAUGAGUCCCAGAGUCCAGAGGCAUGCAUCUACCUUCUAGACAAACUGGACUACCGUCUUGACCUCUGUGGAGAGAGUCUUGAUCCUUACCUCUGCUGUGCUGUGGCCUAUGUGGUCAAUCAGUCGAAGGGACGGAAAAUAUGGUUGAACCUUGAUGAUGUCACGAUAUCAGAGCGAGGAAUGAGACAACUGUUUGGAUGCCUUCAAAAUAUCCAAUGGUGUGACCCUUUGCCACAGCAGCUGUGGAAGAUUUUCCUUCUCAGUGAAGAACAGAUGGACUUUGUCAGCUUACUUAGCCUCAUUGAAAAUCAGCUGCACCUUCCAGUGGAGGGUAAAAAACAGCUGUUUGAAAGAGCUGUGGAAGUCAUGAAGAGGAUGACAACAAAUGUCAAUGUCUGCCUCUACUGGGACAGAGAAACUCUUGUCUGCCAGAGUCUGUGUGAGUCCUUAAUAGAGGCUUUGCCAUACGUCAGCUCACUCAGCUUUAGGAUGACCACCAGAAGUCCAGGUUUGUGGAACCAUGAGCAAUUCCAUGGGACACUGGAGAGGCAACAAAGGAGACUGUUACUGGAUUUAUGCCUGAAGGCAGCACUUCACAAUGAGCAAUGCUUCCCAAAUGCAGUGAAUAUGCUCCUCUCAUUGUUCCCUCAUCAAAGUGACUUAAGUAACCUCUAUCUCGAUCUGUACCAACAUGUUAGGAAUGAAGGAUUUUUGAGUAUCCUUCCAAAACUGAGGCUGCUUUUCCAGUCAUCUCCUUCAGUGUGGUCCAUAGACCUCUCAGAGAGAAAGACCUCCAUCCUCCUGGAAGUGCUGAAACUCCAAUCAGAGAAGAAACCAGUGGAGCUGACAGGCUGGUCACAUGAAGAGAGUGAAGUGAGGAGUUUCCUGCAGUGUCUGCCUUAUAUCUCACAGCUCAGUGUUGUGCCACUGUUAUCAGAAACUUCAGAAGAAAUCAGGUUCUUGGGGAAUCUGUUCUGUGCAGCAGCAGAGAGAGAAGAGCAAACAGGAGAGAAGAUACUGGAGCUGUUAUCAGUGUGCACAUACAAAACAUUUUCUCUAAAACAAAAAUGGUGUGAUUUCCUCCUGGACCUGUACUCUUAUGAGGCUAAAACAAGUUCAAGAGUCCUUCCAUCAUUACAGUCAGUUUUCCAGUCAACUCCUGCAGUCUGGUCCAUAGACCUCUCAGAGAGAAAGACCUCCAUCCUCCUGGAAGUGCUGAAACUCCAAUCAGAGAAGAAACCAGUGGAGCUGACAGGCUGGUCACAUGAAGAGAGUGAAGUGAGGAGUUUCCUGCAGUGUCUGCCUUAUAUCUCACAGCUCAGUUUCGUGCCUCAGUUACCAGAACCUCAAGAAGAACCCAGAUUCUUGGAGAUGCUGUUCUGUGCAGCAGCUGCAGAGAGGAAGCAGCAGAAACGAGAGAAGAUACUGGAGCUGUUAUCAUCAGUCUGCACAUACAAAACAUUCCCUCUCAAACAGAAAUGGUGUGAUUUCCUCCUGGACCUGUACUCGUAUGUGACUGAAACAGGUUUCAGAGUCCUUCCAUCAUUACAGUCAGUUUUCCAGUCUGGUCCUGCAGUCUGGUCCAUGGACCUCUCAGAGAGAAAGACCUCCAUCCUCCUGGAAGUGCUGAAACUCCAAUCAGAGAAGAAACCAGUGGAGCUGACAGGCUGGUCACAUGAAGAGAGUGAAAUGAGGAGUUUCCUGCAGUGUCUGCCUUAUAUCUCACAGCUCAGUUACCAGCCUCAGCUAUCAAGACCUUCAGAAGAAACCAGAUUCUUGGGGAAUCUGUUCUGUGCAGCAGCGGAAACAGACCAGCAGACAGGAGGAAAGAUACUGGACCUGCUUCCAUCUCUGUGCACUUUUGAAACAUUCCCUCUCAACCAGAAAUGGUGUGAUUUCCUGCUGGACCUGUACUCUUAUAAGACUAAAAUGGGCUUAGGUCCUCCUCCAUCAUUACAGUCAGUUUUCCAGUCAACUCCUGCAGUCUGGUCCAUAAACCUCUCAGAGAGAAAGACCUCCAUCCUCCUGGAAGUGCUGAAACUCCAAUCAGAGAAGAAACAAGUGAAGCUGACAGGCUGGUCACAUGAAGAGAGUGAAGUGAGGAGUUUCCUGCAGUGUCUGCCUUAUAUCUCACAGCUCAGUCAGUUUUCCAGUCAACUCCUGCAGUCUGGUUCAUAGACCUCUCAGAGAGAAAGACCUCCAUCAUUCUGGAAGCGCUGAAACUCCAAUCAGAGAAGAAACAAGUCAUUCUGACAGGCUGCUCACAUGAAGAGAGUGAAGUGAGGAGUUUCCUGCAGUGUCUGCCUUAUAUCUCACAGCUCAGUUUCGUGCCACAGUUAUCAGAACCUUCUGAGGAAAUCAGGUUCUUCGGGAAUCUGUUCUGUGCAGCAGCAGAGAGAGAACAGCAGACAGGAGAGAAGAUACUGGAGCUGUUAUCAUCAGUGUGCAGAUACAAAACAUUCCCUCUAAAACAACAAUGGUGUGAUUUCCUGCUGGACCUGUACUCUUAUGUGGCUGAAACAGGUCUGAGAGUCCUUCCAUCAUUACAGUCAGUUUUCCAGUCUGGUCCUGCAGUCUGGUCCAUAAACCUCUCAGAGAGAAAGACCUCCAUCCUCCUGGAAGUGCUGAAACUCCAAUCAGAGAAGAAAGAAGUGUAUCUGACAGGCUGGUCACAUGAAGAGAGUGAAGUGAGGAGUUUCCUGCAGUGUCUGCCUUAUAUCUCACAGCUCAGUGUUGAGCGGUUACCUCUUGAUGAAACAACCAGGAUGUUUGUGAAUCUGUUCUGUGCAGCAGCAGAGAGAGAACAGCAGACAGGAGAGAAGAUACUGGAGCUGUUAUCAUCAGUGUGCAGAUAUGGAGCCUUUCCUUUAGAAUACGUGGAUGAUGAUGAUGAUGAUGAUGAAGAUUUUCAAUAUCAGACUGGUUUCCUGCUGGAUCUGUUCUCCCUUGUGAAGGACUGUGAGACUAAAACAGGUCUGAGAGUCCUUCCAUCAUUACAGUCAGUUUUCCAGUCAGCUCCUGUAGUCUGGUUCAUAAACCUCUCAGAGAGAAAGACCUCCAUCCUCCUGGAAGUGCUGAAACUCCAAUCAGAGAAGAAAGAAGUGUGUCUGACAGGCUGGUCACAUGAAGAGAGUGAAGUGAGGAGUUUCCUGCAGUGUCUGCCUUAUAUCUCACAGCUCAGAGUUCAGAAGAAGUUACUUCUUGAUGAAGCAACCAGGAUGUUUGUGAAUCUGUUCUGUGCAGCAGCAGAGAGAGAACAGCAGACAGGAGAGAAGAUACUGAAGCAGUUAUCAUCAGUGUGCAGAUAUAAAGGAUUUCCUUCAUAUUACAUGGAUGGAAAAUCUCAGAGUGAUUUCCUGCUGGAUCUGUUCUCCCAUGUGAAGGACUAUGAGACUAAAACAGGUCUGAGAGUCCUUCCAUCAUUACAGUCAGUUUUCCAGUCAGCUCCUGCAUUCUGGUCCAUAAACCUCUCAGAGAGAAAGACCUCCAUCCUCCUGGAAGUGCUGAAACUCCAAUCAGAGAAGAAACCAGUGGAGCUGACAGGCUGGUCACAUGAAGAGAGUGAAGUGAGGAGUUUCCUGCAGUGUCUGCCUUAUAUCUCACAGCUCAGAGUUCAGAAGAAGUUACCUCUUGAUGAAACAACCAGGAUGUUUGUGAAUCUGUUCUGUGCAGCAGCAGAGAGAGAACAGCAGACAGGAGAGAAGAUACUGGAGCAGUUAUCAUCAGUGUGCAGAUAUGAAGGAUUUCCUUCAUAAUACAUGGAUGAUGAUGAAGAUUUUCAAUAUCAGACUGGUUUCCUGCUGGAUCUGUUCUCCCAUGUGAAGGACUAUGAGACUAAAACAGGUCUGAGAGUCCUUCCAUCAUUACAGUCAGUUUUCCAGUCAGCUCCUGCAGACUGGUCCAUAAACCUCUCAGAGAGAAAGACCUCCGUCCUCCUGGAAGUGCUGAAACUCCAAUCAGAGAAGAAAGAAGUGCGUCUGACAGGCUGGUCACAUGAAGAGAGUGAAGUGAGGAGUUUCCUGCAGUGUCUGCCUUAUAUCUCACAGCUCAGAGUUCAGAAGAAGUUACCUCUUGAUGAAACAACCAGGAUGUUUGUGAAUCUGUUCUGUGCAGCAGCAGAGAGAGAACAGCAGACAGGAGAGAAGAUACUGAAGCAGUUAUCAUCAGUGUGCAGAUAUAAAGGAUUUCCUUCAUAUUACAUGGAUGGAAAAUCUCAGAGUGAUUUCCUGCUGGAUCUGUUCUCCCAUGUGAAGGACUAUGAGACUAAAACAGGUCUGAGAGUCCUUCCAUCAUUACAGUCAGUUUUCCAGUCAGCUCCUUCAUUCUGGUUCAUAAACCUCUCAGAGAGAAAGACCUCCGUCCUCCUGGAAGUGCUGAAACUCCAAUCAGAGAAGAAAGAAGUGUAUCUGACAGGCUGGUCACAUGAAGAGAGUGAAGUGAGGAGUUUCCUGCAGUAUCUGCCUUAUAUCUCACAGCUCAGAGUUCAGAAGAAGUUACCUCUUGAUGAAACAACCAGGAUGUUUGUGAAUCUGUUCUGUGCAGCAGCAGAGAGAGAACAGCAGACAGGAGAGAAGAUACUGGAGCUGUUAUCAUCAGUGUGCACAUAUGAAGGGUUUCCUUUAGAAUACGUGGAUGAUGAUGAAGAUUUUCAAUAUCAGACUGGUUUCCCUGCUGGAUCUGUUCUCCCUGUGAAGGACUAUGAGACUAAAACAGCUGCAGUAAUGGCCCAGUGA